AUGAAAUUAAGCACUAUCAGCUUGUGGAUUUUUCUGGCUAGCCAAGCUAGGGGCCAAUCAGUGAAAAUAAGAAUACCUGUCUGGGAUGCCUCUACUUUGUUUACUCGUCUUACCGGCAUUCAAAUCAAUCCGGGCAAUAACAAUAACCAGCGGCCACAGACUAGCAGUCAGCAGGAAAAUGAAUACAAUGACUAUCUAAACAACUUAAAUAACUAUUAUAAUAACUAUUGGGAAAAUGUAUACCAGAAUUCAGCUGGUUAUGACCCAUAUGGAAUCUAUGGACCAUAUGGACUUUAUGGGCCAUAUGGACUCUAUGGACAGUAUGAUCCCAACCAAUUUCAACAGCCGCCAGAAACAGCAUCUACAACAACUGUUUCCCCAACAACAUCUACAGCUUUACCUACCUCUACUAGCAGCCCAACAACAUCAACUGCUAUUCCGAGUUCAACUGGAACUCCAACUACAUCUACUGCACUGCCAACUUCAACAGACGAUCCAACGACAUUAUCUACAGAAAAUCCAAUUUGUACAGUGUAUCCUCAGCUGCCAGUUUGUCAAACGACAACAGAGGAUCCAACUACACCGAGCGCGAUUUCAAUAACUUCUACAACUACAGCCAUUUCCACAUCAACGACGGCAGCUUCCUCAACAACGACUUCUUCUCCAACCACUGAAGCAGUAUCAUCUUCCUCAACUACGGAUUUAACAACAUCGACAGCGCUUCCUACUUCUACGACUACUGAAGCAACAUCAUCUUCCUCGACUACGGAUUCAACAACAUCGACAGCGCUUCCUACUUCUACGACUACUGAAGCAACAUCAUCUUCCUCGACUACGGAUUUAACAACAUCGACAGCGCUUCCUACUUCUACGACUACUGAAGCAAUAUCAUCUUCCUCGACUACGGAUUCAACAACAUCGACAGCGCUUCCUACUUCUACGACUACUGAAGCAACAUCAUCUUCCUCGACUACGGAUUCAACAACAUCGACAGCGCUUCCUACUUCUACGACUACUGAAUCAACAUCAUCUUCCUCGACUACGGAUUCAACAACAUCGACAGCGCUUCCUACUUCUACGACUACUGAAGCAACAUCAUCUUCCUCGACUACGGAUUCAACAACAUCGACAGCGCUUCCUACUUCUACGACUACUGAAGCAACAUCAUCUUCCUCGACUACGGAUUCAACAACAUCGACAGCGCUUCCUACUUCUACGACUACUGAAGCAACAUCAUCUUCCUCGACUACGGAUUCAACAACAUCGACAGCGCUUCCUACUUCUACGACUACUGAAGCAAUAUCAUCUUCCUCGACUACGGAUUCAACAACAUCGACAGCGCUUCCUACUUAUACGACUACUGAAGCAACAUCAUCUUCCUCGACUACGGAUUCAACAACAUCGACAGCGCUUCCUACUUCUACGACUACUGAAGCAACAUCAUCUUCCUCGACUACGGAUUCAACAACAUCGACAGCGCUUCCAACUUCUACGACUACUGAAGCAAUAUCAUCUUCCUCGACUACGGAUUCAACAACAUCGACAGCGCUUCCUACUUCUACGACUACUGAAGCAACAUCAUCUUCCUCGACUACGGAUUCAACAACAUCGACAGCGCUUCCUACUUCUACGACUACUGAAGCAACAUCAUCUUCCUCGACUACGGAUUCAACAACAUCGACAGCGCUUCCUACUUCUACGACUUCUGAAUCAACAUCAUCUUCCUCGACUACGGAUUCAACAACAUCGACAGCGCUUCCUACUUCUACGACUACUGAAGCAACAUCAUCUUCCUCGACUACGGAUUCAACAACAUCGACAGCGCUUCCUACUUCUACGACUACUGAAGCAAUAUCAUCUUCCUCGACUACGGAUUUAACAACAUCGACAGCGCUUCCUACUUCUACGACUACUGAAGCAACUACUGAAGCAACAUCAUCUUCCUCGACUACGGAUUCAACAACAUCGACAGCGCUUCCUACUUCUACGACUACUGAAGCAACAUCAUCUUCCUCGACUACGGAUUCAACAACAUCGACAGCGCUUCCAACUUCUACGACUACUGAAGCAAUAUCAUCUUCCUCGACUACGGAUUCAACAACAUCGACAGCGCUUCCUACUUCUACGACUUCUGAAUCAACAUCAUCUUCCUCGACUACGGAUUCAACAACAUCGACAGCGCUUCCUACUUCUACGACUACUGAAGCAACAUCAUCUUCCUCGACUACGGAUUCAACAACAUCGACAGCGCUUCCUACUUCUACGACUACUGAAGCAAUAUCAUCUUCCUCGACUACGGAUUUAACAACAUCGACAGCGCUUCCUACUUCUACGACUACUGAAGCAACAUCAUCUUCCUCGACUACGGAUUCAACAACAUCGACAGCGCUUCCUACUUCUACGACUACUGAAGCAAUAUCAUCUUCCUCGACUACGGAUUCAACAACAUCGACAGCGCUUCCUACUUCUACGACUACUGAAUCAACUACUGAAGCAACAUCAUCUUCCUCGACUACGGAUUCAACAACAUCGACAGCGCUUCCUACUUCUACGACUGCUGAAGCAACAUCAUCUUCCUCGACUACGGAUUCAACAACAUCGACAGCGCUUCCUACUUCUACGACUACUGAAGCAACAUCAUCUUCCUCGACUACGGAUUUAACAACAUCGACAGCGCUUCCUACUUCUACGACUACUGAAUCGACAUCAUCGUCUUCGACUACGGAUUCAACAACAUCGACAGCGCUUCCUACUUCUACGACUACUGAAGCAACAUCAUCUUCCUCGACUACGGAUUCAACAACAUCGACAGCGCUUCCUACUUCUACGACUACUGAAGCAAUAUCAUCUUCCUCGACUACGGAUUCAACAACAUCGACAGCGCUUCCUACUUCUACGACUACUGAAUCAACAUCAUCUUCCUCGACUACGGAUUCAACAACAUCGACAGCGCUUCCUACUUCUACGACUACUGAAGCAAUAUCAUCUUCCUCGACUACGGAUUUAACAACAUCGACAGCGCUUCCUACUUCUACGACUACUGAAGCAACAUCAUCUUCCUCGACUACGGAUUCAACAACAUCGACAGCGCUUCCUACUUCUACGACUACUGAAGCAAUAUCAUCUUCCUCGACUACGGAUUCAACAACAUCGACAGCGCUUCCUACUUCUACGACUACUGAAUCAACAUCAUCUUCCUCGACUACGGAUUCAACAACAUCGACAGCGCUUCCUACUUCUUCGACUACUGAAGCAAUAUCAGCUUCCUCGACUACGGAUUCAACAACAUCGACAGCGCUUCCUACUUCUACGACUACUGAAGCAACAUCAUCUUCCUCGACUACGGAUUCAACAACAUCGACAGAUUCUACAACGACAGAAAAUUCUCUUUGCUUACAGUAUCCGCAACUUCCAAUUUGUCAAACAGCAAAAGCUGCACAUUUUAAGGAAACGGUAUCAAAAAAACCGGAAUUUUCUGAAAUCACUGAAUCAGGCACGGUUUUCAAGCCAGAGCAACAGUUAUUGAUCACAUCAAAACCUCAGUCUGUGACAUCGCUUUGUUUCUUUUAUCCUCGCCUGUGCUCGAAACCGGAGGAAGCUCAAUUUGUGCGUCUAGCUGAUGAAAAUCGAAAACCUUUGCUGUUGAUAUCAUCAGUUGAAGGAAGAUCUCAUAAUCAAUAUCAACCUGCCUUAUGGCGAGCCAUGAGAAGAGCCAUCACAAACCACAAAAAAUAA